AUGGAGUAUGAACAGUUGGGUCUUCUCCAUGAUAUGUUCAUACGGCAAGCCAGGUUGACUCCUGAUGCAGUUGCAGUCGUAUCCGAUGAUGGCAGUCAACUGACGUUUGCUGAACUUGAUUCUUUGACUGAUUGCCUGGCAACCAAUCUGCGUAUUUGUGGUGUUGUAGCAGAUUCUAUUGUUGGCAUUUAUAUGGAAAAGGGUAUUGACUAUACAGUGUCAUACAUUGCUAUAUUGAAAGCUGGUGGAGCAUAUCUACCAAUAGAUGUAUCUUAUCCACCACCAUUACUGGAAUCUGUCUUAGAAGACUCCCAGCCUGCUGCCAUCAUAAUAAAUCAUACAGCACCCACUCAACUCAAAGAUGCAAAGAAAAUAAUUACCCUAGAUGAUGAUUGGUCGACUCGCCUCAAAGCUGAAAAUGACACGCAUGGUGGAUUCGAUUCUCCACCCACAGUGCAUCUGGAUAAUCUGGCAUAUGUCGUGUAUUCAUCGGGAACAACAGGCAAACCAAAAGGUAUAAUGUGUCCCCAUCGAGGCGCUGUGUACUCUUACCACUGGAGGCAUACCAACUAUCCAUUUCAAUCUGAUGAAAGAGUUGCAUGUAAUGUCUUCUUUGUAUGGGAAAUGUUAAGAUCCAUAUUGAAAGGUAUUCCGAUGUAUAUCAUACCAGAUAAUGUAAUCUAUGAUCCGGCAUUGUUAGUGAGUUAUUUAAAGCGACAUCGUAUCACCAGAAUACUGUUUACACCAUCUUUAUUAGAAACUGUUAUUAAUACUGAGAAUUUGGAUGUAGCUGAUGGUCUUAGCUACCUCAGGUUGAUUUGGUUCUGUGGUGAGGUAGUAACCACCGCGUUAAGAGACAGAGUUGGAAAGAUAUUACCCAAGGUAAAGUUGUUGAAUCUGUAUAGUAUUUCUGAAUGCCAUGAUGUUGCUGUUGCCAAUCUCUCUAAGGAAGCCGCAGAAAAUAAGAACAACUCUAAUGGACAAUCAAAUAAGUUUUGUUCAGUAGGUACUCGACUACCCGAUGUACAUGUUAUUAUCAUGGAUGACAACUUACAUCCAUUACCAGUGGGAGCACCAGGAGAGAUUUAUGUUGGUGGUCCUACAUUAGCUAGAGGUUACCUGAAUCGACCUCAGUUGAAUGCAGAGAGAUUUAUUGAUCGCCCGCCUGCUGUACCUGAAUAUAUUGGUAAAAAACUGUACAAAACUGGUGAUUGGGGUUAUGUGCUGUCAGAUGGAGGGCUGGAGAUAUGUGGUAGAUGUGACUCUAUGGUGAAAAUAAGAGGAUACAGUAUUGAAACUCAGGCAGUAGAAGCAGCAUUACUAGAACUUCCAAUGGUGAAUGCUAAUGUGGUACUGGCACUAGGUGACGAGGGAACUGAUAAAUAUCUUGUUGCUUAUAUCGUACCAGAAGGUGAUGCUACUAGGAGAGAAAUUCGAGCUGAAUUAAAGAAACGGUUGCCUCCCCAUAUGAUUCCAGCAUACUUAGUAUUCUUGUCAAGCAUUCCCAUCCUGGCAGCUUCUGGUAAACUUGAUAAGAAAUCACUGCCACCUAUUGAUCUGCAUGGGGAUCGGGGUGAUGAGAUUUGUACAGCCGCUAGUACAGAAACUGAGAAAAUGCUUGCUUCUCUUUGGGCAGACAUCCUCAGAGUAAGACAAGUUGAUGUGCAAGAGAAUUUCUUUGAUCUUGGUGGGCAUUCACUGUUAGCUGCCAAAUUGUUAUCUCUGAUCAAAGACAAAGUGAAAGUUGAAAUCACAGUCCGAGACCUCUUUCAACACUCUACUGUGUCAGCUAUGGCUAAGCUAAUUGAUGCCAAACUGAAGAAAACAGAAGACAUAGAUAUUGUAUGCAAGGAACCUGUAUUAAACUUGAUGUCCGAGGUAGUGCGACAUGACCAGGGUGGUGUGAACAUCAAUAUGCAGCUUAGAGCCUUCUGGAGAUCAAUACAGUAUGGUAACAGAUGGAAAUCAGGACGUGUCUUCUUAACUGGAGCAACUGGAUUUCUUGGUGCAUUCAUUUUGAGGGAUCUCUUGCAGCACACAGAGUUGCAUAUUUACUGUUUAGUGAGAGAACCACCAGAUGCCAGUUGCAUGGAACGUUUACAAACGUCUCUACAGGGGUUUGGUAUCUUACCAUCGUCUAACGAGUGUACUGAAGAACAACAAGAAAUCAUCAACAGAUUUAACAAACGAGUCACUGCAAUUAAAGGUGACGUGUCUUUAUUAAGAUUGGGUAUGAAUGAAGAGGAUUUCACUUAUUUAACUUAUGAA